AUGGAGCAAAUCGAACGUGAUCUAUUGGAGCAAUCCUGUCGAGUCGCCACCUUGGAGCACGGUCGAGUCAAGCGUCCGCGGCUCUCGAUCGGACACAAGCAAUCUGUGGCGGCGAGCAUCGCGCGACUCGUAGGCGCAAAGACUUUAUUGGAGAGACGCUUUAUACACAUCGGUGGUAAUUAUGCGGGUGGUGGCGCGGAGAGACUCGUUUGGCGAGAAAUCGAUACCGCGUCUGAAAAUCGUAUUUUGACCGGUGUAGUGAUUAACACAGAUUAUAUCGAGCCGCGACAAUUUUUGGGAGACGCUUGCGAUAUAGUGCUCGAGCGAGUGCAAGACGUUUUACAAAUACGCAACAUCGUAAAAGUGAACACUGCCUUCAACGGUGAAUUUGUGACAUGUGAAAAACGUGCGGACAAAAGUAUCAACACGCGAAACUGUGAACUCUUUCGUACGACAGAUUUGCGCGAGUGGUACGAGCAGCGCGUCAUCGAGCCUACCUUAGCGUCCCUUGAAGAGUUUCAGGAACGCGAUAGUGGGUAGGCGUUAUCGCGCACACAAUUUGACAAUUAAUAUAAACAAGUACAAUCCACUGCACGCGAGGUG